ACUCAUCAACCUCCUCAUCAGAAACCCCUCAACCCCGCCCGACCCCAGCCGAAGUCAAGGAAUUGCCAUUCAGAUGGCCAGCCUGGGCUCCACCUAAGGAUCAAAUUGGAAAGCUACUUCCUGCUGUAGACGAUUCGAGUGAGCUGGUAAUCGAGGCCGACAAGGAAAAGCGGGAUGCUGUCAAGGAAGCGUUCGCGGUUUAUGCGCCAUCAGCACUCUUGGAAAGCAUAUGAGGAAAAUGCCUGGGGCGCCGACGAAUACCACCCGAUCUCAAAAUCCGGGUCCUAUCUCACCAGCAACGAGCGUGGAAUGGGUUACACCAUCGUAGACUCGCUGGACUCGCUCCUCUUGAUGGGUUUCGACGAAGAGUAUGAGCGCGCCAGAGAUUGGGUCAAGGAUGAGCUUAGCUUCGACGUGCCUGGGAAAGUCAACGGUUUCGAGACGAUCAUUCGGAUCCUAGGCGGUCUUUUAUCCGCAUACUACCUGACCUCGACGCAUACCAACCCGGUCUACCACGACGACUCCAGUCUCUUCCUCGAGAAAGCUCUCGACCUUUCCGACAGGCUCUUGCCUCUCUUCGACACCCCCUCCGGCAUCCCUUACUCGUUCAUCGACCUGGCCGCACGUAAAGCUUACCCCGAUGCGGAUAAUGGCGGGAUGAGCAGUCUGGCCGAAGCAGGGACACUGCAGUUGGAGUUCAAGUAUCUCAGCGAGAUUAGUGGGAACCCUCUGUAUGGGGAAAAGGCGGAGCAGGUUAUGAUGCUGCUUGAUAAGCAGAUGCCGGCCGAAGGGGUCGCGCCGGUUCUUUUGAAUCCGCAGACUGGGCAAUUCGCCCUGUUUGAUAUCAGGCUCGGGUCACGAGGAGACAGCUACUACGAGUACUUGCUCAAGCAGUGGAUACAAACGAACCGUACGGAACCCGUAUAUCGCAAGAUGUACGACCGAUCUAUGAAAGGCAUUGAGCAGGUCUUGAUGAACCGGUCGGCCAAGCAGGGGCUCGUGUUUACGCACGAACUCGGACCUCAGAGAGGGCGUGACGGUAUACCGCAAUGGAUGAUCCGACCAAAGCAGGACCACCUCGUCUGUUUCCUCGGAGGAUCGAUGUUACUAGGAGUAGCUUCCGCCUACCCGAACAAUCAGCCCGUGUGGUCUCGAUUGACUCCUUCGCAGCAGAUCGACUAUGCUGCAGGAAAGGGCUUGAUCGAGACUUGUGUCAAUACGUACGAGGGGAACCCGACCGGGUUGGGAGCGGAGAUUGUCAUGUUCAGGUCGCCGGCCGAGUCAAAGGCACAUAAGGGCAACUUGGACUGGUACAUCAAGCACGGGUUGCAAGAUGAACCCAUCCUGGACGGCCGCAACAUUCUUCGGCCCGAGACGAUCGAAUCCCUCUUCCUCGCUUACCGACUUACCGGGGACCAGAUCUACCGGGACCAAGGAUGGAGGAUGUUCAAGGCGUUUGAAAAGUAUUGCCGUCUACCUGGGGGUGGGUAUGCCGGGAUUGCGGAUGUGGAGAACGGGGUCCAGGUCGAGAGGUUGGACAAGAUGGAGACGUUUUGGUUGUCAGAGACGCUUAAGUACUUCUACUUGCUCUUCUCGGAUGGUCAGACCGUGCCUCUUGAUCAGAAUGUCUUCAAUACCGAGGCGCACAUAUUACCCGUGUUUACCCCCAAAAGGGUGUCAGACUUCGCUAGUUCGGUCUGACCCCAUUCUCUGGCUACACAAUCAUGAUGUGUAACGUGUAACGCAAGUUGCCGCCAUGAUUACAGCAUAAAAUCAACAUCUUCACGAAAACGAGAUUCUACCUUGCCGACCAAUUUGCCGGCACGAGCCGUACACCGCGGAUGCUAUUUUCUUACCGUUUCAUAUUUGACCCCUUGAUCGAACAAUAGCGUUCGUGCGCGCGUGUACGGGGCUUAGAGCGAUCGAGCGAAAGAAUACAAUGCCCUCUCUCUUUGUCCUGCCCGCUCUGAUCUCUGUGGCGAUCUGACGGCGAAACAACAGCAGAUCCCCGAGUUUUGAUGAAUCAAGUUUGAUCCACUUUUUGGUAUUCGCUUGAUCGCUCGAAGAGGCAAAGGAAGGAAGGAAGAGAUGGCUGGUUCAUAAUCACUCAACGUCAUACCAUAUCGCAUGAUCACGACUUCGACAACUUCUUCACGCAUAUCCAACCCUCUAG